ACUCAGCAAUAAUCUAUUUUGGUUUAAUCGCACCGCUCCAACAGCACAAAUCACACACUUUCCCGCCUUCAGUUUGAAAAAUCAGUCCAUCAAAGUAUGUACUGCAGCAUCGCCACUCCGCCGCUACAGCCGGCGCUGCAGACCUGCACUCAGGGCCACCGCUCCGUCCUCAUUCUCCCCACGGAGGAGGGCGGCUCAAUCUGUCUCCUCUGCCUCUCCGAUCUCCUCUCUAACCCCAAAUCCCCCACAAUUCACGUCUCCUACGCCCUUUCCCAGCUCUCUCAAGCCCUUGAUCAGCCUCACUUCUUCCGAUCUCUUCUCACUUUCCACUCUCACUUCCUCGUUUCCCCCCUCGUCGCUGUCUUAUCCAACUUGGACGACGAGCCCAUCGCCAAACAGUCCAUUGAUUUGAUCAAAAUAUUAUGUGACGGAUCGGGAAAUAACUGUGAUGGAAAUCAGGAUUUGCAUAGGGAGUUCGUGGCUAGGGUUUCAGAUUGUCUUUCUAGUGGCUCGUUGGCUUGGAGUCGUCGCCAGUUGUACAUGGUUCACUGCUUCGGUGUUGUAUUGGAUAAUCCAGAUUCUAAUUUGUAUACAUGUAUUAAAAACAAAGAUGCCCUCAUUCUCAACCUUGUCACAGGACUUCAGUUGUCAAAUGAUGAAAUCCAGGGGGAGAUUAUGUUUGUUUUAUACAGACUAUCCCUCCUCCAAUACUCACAUAUGGACGGUUGUGGCGCUGAUGUUUUGCUUUCCUAUUGUCCUAAACUUUUUCAAGUAUCACUUAAUAUCCUUAUGAAAAGCCAAAGUGAUGAUGUUCGGCUUAACUGUCUAGCAUUUCUCACAGUGUUGGUUCAGCGGGGGUUCUUUCAGACUGCAUGCAUUAAUCAUGUGGAGAUCAAUAGCAUGCAUUCCUUUGAAGCUGAGAGCUUAAUGCAAAUAACAAAGGACGUGGUCAAUGGCCCAUCUCUAGAAAUCUUGUUUGCUGAGGCGGUCAAAGGGCCCCUGCUUUCUUCAGAUACUCAAGUUCAGAUUGCAGCAUUGGAUUUGAUCUAUAUAUAUCUUUCAUCAGAAUAUGUCACACUCAAGGAAUGUCAGGCUCUCGUCGAAGAAAAUAUAGCAGAUUAUGCAUUUGAAAUACUUAGAUUAUCAGGUUGCGAAGAUUCCAUUGUCAUCUCUUCAAUUCAGGUUCUUUAUUUAUUAUCAAAUGCUGAGGAAGCCUUCAGACAUCGACUGGCAAUUGGAUUCUCAGCACUAGUUCCUGUUCUGCGUUACGUAGCUGAAAUUCCUUAUCACCCUGUGCAGUGCCAAUUACAGAAUCUCAUUUUAAAGUGUGUGUUACACUGUCCCGGAGUUGUAUCAACUUGCAAUGUUGAGGAAAUAAGUACUAUCUUGGCAGGAAUGCUAAAGAAAUGUACAUCUGGUGAGAUUGGCAUUCAUUCAGAGACAUUCACUUUGUCAUGCUCCAUAUUUGUCACCAUUAUGAAAUGUUCAUCUUCUCGUGGGAGUUUAAGCUUUGCAGCAUCAAUUAAAGAUGCAUCAAGAUCUGCCGUUUCAAUUUGUUUUGGAGAUAACCAUGUAAACGCUGAUCAAAUUUUGCAUUUUCUUUACCUAAUCAAGGAAGCAUAUGCCUUUGGCAAGCAAGAAGAAAUCCUAGUCUCAUCUGAAGUGAGACUGCAAAUUUUUAUAAUUGACAUAUGUAAAUUGCAAAUUUUACCAUGGUUUAUAAAGGUGAUCAACAUCAUGCAAGAAGAAGAUAUUGCCUUGGGAGUCUUAGAAGUAUUUCACUCAAUACUACUUGAUUCUAGUGUUGGUGUCAAGGAUUUUGCGGAGAGUCUAGUUUUGUCGUCAUGGUUCAGUGAGUUAUUUGGAUGCUUGGGUUUAUUUCCCAUGGAAAAAAUGAAGCAGAGCGUGUAUGUGACCUUCAGUUCAAUUGUGGAUGUAAUCCUAGGGACUGAUUCAGGGCAACCUAUUAGGGAUGCUGCUCUCCAUUUGCCAUCUGACCCUACAGAUUUGCUAUUCCUUCUUGGUCAGAAGAGUUCCCAUAAUCCUGUGCUGUUUUGUUGCCAAUCUGCAGUUCUGAUGAUACUGUAUGUUAGCUCUCUCUAUAACGACAGGUUUGCUGAUGAGAGAUUGAUACUAUCUUCCCUGGAGCAAUUUAUUUUACUUAACAGUGGUGAUUUCUUCUGUGGAGCCUCUGCCUCAGUAACUGUAGAGCUAUUAGUAAAUCUGUAUGGAUUUUACAGGGGUUUUGCCAAGAUGUGCUACCAAAAGCCUUACAGUCCAGAAGCUGAGAGAAUCCUUUUUCAGUUAUUGGAAGAAAAGGAUUGGGACUCUCUGUCUACGAAGAUUCAUUUGACAUCACUGAUGUGGUUAUUUCAACAAGAAAAACUCUGCAAGUUCUUAUAUAACCAGAUAUUCAAGUUCUGCAGGCGCAACAGCUCAAUUGAUAAAAACAUGGUUUUUGACAAGGACACUAAAGAAACAGUGGAUCUCCAUGUCUUUGCUGAGUUGAUAAUGUCUGAAGGUAACUUUGUUGCAUUGAUUUUCGUAUGCUUACUGGGAGAUCUUGUCGAAAAUUCUUGCCAAGAUUAUGACAUCAUUCCAGUUCUGGAGGCAUGUACACAGAUAAUCGAAAUGGCUCCAGCUGCUUCAGAUCAGUUUUGCAUGCAUGGAAUAGAUGGUGUGCUACAGAACAUUUACACUUUUUCAUCUUGCUCUUCACCUAAAAUAUUCGUCUGCACGAAUCAACUUGUGUUUAUCAUCUUAAAAUCAGUACAGUCUGACUCAUUGUCUAGUAAUGAUACUUGGGUAGGAAUCACCAUGAAGUUGAUAAACUACCUGAUCACGGCUGUGGAAGAAGAUGGAUGGACUGAAGAAGGUAUCACAAUACUUGGAAUUCUUUCUCUGAUUUUGCACCACUCAACAAAGCAGGCAUUAACCGAGGCUUCUAAGAUCAUAGUUCUUAAUGUUCCUUUGAUCUCAACUAUUAAUUCCACAAUCUUUGAAGCUUAUUCCAAGGGGCACACACUGUUUGAUCAUGAUGAGGGAACAAAGACGGGGGAAGUUCUCAUAUUCGUGCUUUUGCUACUCUUUUUCUCCAUGAGAAGUGUACGAGCUACUCUUCCAGAUAUCAUAGAUUUGCAAAUAUUGCUUGCUGAAGGUAUAGUGGAGCCACAAUCCUAUCUCAGCAUCCGUUGCCCUGAUCUAUGCAAGAUAAUGCAUUUUGGAUCUGCUCAAGUAAAAAUGAUUGCUUCAUUUUGUCUUUUGGAAAUGUUCAUGGGACUAGAAGACAAUGCAAUCAGAAAACCAGUUGAUUUGAAGUUCAGAGAAGGCUACCUAUUGUCAAUAUCAGCAGUAUUAGAAGGUCUGAUAUUUUUUGGUGACAUCAAAGUUGCAUUGAAUUGUUCCCGAUGUCUGUCAACUCUCAUGGCAUGGGAAGAACAUAAAAUAGAAUCACUGUUGCCAGAAAAAUACAGAUGGUGCAGAUUGAUAGUACAGGAGCUUGUGAUGUCUUUGUCUGCUCCAACUCUGACAAAAUCGUUGAUGAUUCAUCACAAGCCCGCUUCUAAUGUUGCAGUUGCAUUGCUAAAGCACAGUAGGGGAUCUCCUUGGAUGACUAAAGUGUUCGAUGAUUCAUCCAUAGGAAACAUCAUUCAAAAUUUAAGCACGACUAAUCUAACCAUUGAAUUAGUGUCUUUAUUUCGGGAGCUUCUGUGUUCUGGUCAUCUCAAUUCCACUCAUAUUGCCGAUCUGACUCGAGUUUUCCAGGCAUGUAGGAAUCACGCGUACAUGGAUGAAAUUGAAGAUGGGGUCACCGAAAAUCAAUUGGAGAUCAAUGUAGGCGCUAACCAAGAUCACAUAGGCAGGAUGCGUGCCUUUCUUAUUGGUCUUGUGUCUUCUCGGUGGCAUUCUGACUGUGAGAGGUCUCAAAGUAGAAAGAAGCAGUUGCUAGAAGAGAUAGAAAUGUUUAGCAUAUGCUUGAUGGAAGAGGAAGAUGCAUCAUAAAUAUUUUUAUGUAAGACAAUGAAAUUCAAUGAUCAUGUAGUUUCCAACAUAGCAGGGUUCUGGCCUAUAUGUACAUAUGCUAGUUCUGGGAGUAGUAACAUAAUCAACAUUUGUAAUAUAUUAGCAUGUUUCAUAUCAUCUUCGUUUAGUUGAAAGUUCAAACUGAACAUGAAGAUGCAGUAUAUUUCACUAAAAUGUUCGGAGA